CCACAUUAUCAUAGAUACAUAAUUAUGAUAAAGCCCAUCAAAAGGCCCAGAAAUUAAAGAAAGCCCAUGAUUUGUCAUAUGAGAGUCGAAGCUAAGAAGAACGUACCGACCCAGAAGUAUUGAAUCGAAUAACCGGAGAAAAUGGCGAAGCCUUUGGGUACUACCGGCGAGUUUUUCCGGCGAAGAGAUCAAUGGAGAAAGCAUCCGAUGCUCUCGAACCAAAUGAGACACGCUCUUCCCGGUCUUGGCAUCGGCAUCGGCGAGCAGAUCUACAGCAAAGCUUUGGCUCCUUCCAAAUCGUCUCACCACAACCAGAAACAGCCGGCUCCGUCUCACUAAACAGCAUCGAUCUUCUCCGAUCAGAUGCUCUAAACAGUGGCGCCCGAGGCUUCUUCUCGGUUACUGAAGCUUUUUUGUAUUGUCUUAAUAGUCUGUUUGUUGUAAUGAAGAAACAAAGAAUUUGAACUAACUCUAUUGAAUUUAAAAGCUUGUUGUCUCAAAGGUUCUCUUUGUAUCCUCACAAGUUUGUCUUUCUUCUUAACUGACAAUUGAAUUGAAGGUUUGCCCAUUCUUGUUCAA